CUAUAGGCGCUCGCUUGCUUUAGUCUGGCGCUCUAUGCCGCAGCAUUGUAGGGCCGCAGCUUCCGGAGUCUGCAGAAAAGUUAGUUUUUUUCAUCAAUUGGCAAACAAAUAAAAAUGGGGCGCCACUCUUCAGAUUCAGAGGAAGAAAUUAGGUCAAAGAAGAAAAAGAAGCAUCGCAAGCGGUCUACCUCCAGCAGCUCAUCCGACAGUAGAGCGCAUCGGAAAAAGUCUGGAAGAAAAUCAAGAUCUCGCUCCAGAGAUGCUUACUCAAGUUCACGCUCUUAUGACAAAAGGCGCAGGCAUCGUUCCAGCAGCGACUCCUCUUAUACCUCAAGAAGGAAACGUAGCCGUAGCAGAUCUCGAGACCGAGGAAAGUCACGCAAGUUUCAUAGAUCAAGAGCUUCAAGAUCACGUUCAAGACACCGUCAGCGAUCUCGCAGUCGAAGCAGUGAGCGAUCGAGCAGGAGGAGGUCUCGGAGCCGGUCUUAUGAAAGAGAGCGAGGGAAAGGCAAAGACAGGGACAAAAGAGAGAAAGAUCGAGGAAAAGAAAAGGACUCGAGCUCCAAGCGUGGGGACUCUGCAAACAUCAAGGCUGGAUUAGAACAUCUGCCUCCCGCUGAACAGGCCAAAGCAAGGCUGCAGAUGGUUCUCCAAGCUGCUGCAAAAGCAGAUGAAGCAUUACGUGCAAAGGAGAAAACUGAGGAAGAAGCCAGAAAAAAGAAGGAAGAAGAUCAGUCAGAUUUAAAAGAACAAGUGAAACGCGUAAAGGAAAUCGAAGCAAUUGAGGAUGAUUCUUUUGUCCCUCAAAUUUUUCGAUCAAGCAGAGAAUCAAAAACUCCAAUAGAAAGCAGUGAGACCAGACAUGAUUCUGCAAUAUUGGGAAGUGGAGGCAUUGACUUAAAUUUUGAUGAAGAAAAAGAAGCAGGUAUUGAGGACCUUCCAACAGCUAUCAAAUAUAUUGAUGACAACUCCCUGGCACAUCCAAAUCUUUAUAUUAAGAAAGAAGAAGCAGAGGAGAAAUGGUAUAAGAGAUUAGUGUCUCUUCGGCAAGAAAAACUGAUGGGCAACCCUGUAGCCUAACCAGAGGUGCCACAACUGAUCAUGACUUCAGUGUCAUUUUACUUGAUGUGAUGUCCCAAUAUUUUAUACCAUUCUGUAGCUUGUUUUUGUUUUUAAUAAAGAUUCCAUUAAACCAAA